AUGGCCCCAACGUGCGCGACAUGCAAGAAACGGAAAGUGAAAUGUGACGGUCAAACACCGAUGUGUACCCCCUGCGCGAGCAGACGCCAGUCAACCUCACCAUGCGACUAUAACAUUACACGACAGCCUCACUCUCCCUCAGAUCUUCUACCUCGAGGGGAUGCAUGCAUGCCUUGCAGGAGAAAGAAGAAGAAAUGCAAUGGGGAGCGCCCUGUUUGUCGAACAUGCGUUGUUGCCAAGAAAGAAGAUGGAUGUGUCUACAACGACAACUCGGCGCCUAAUCUGCUGACGACAUUGGUCGAGCGAAACCGCGAGCUCGAGAGACUUUUAGGGGCUGUUUGCUGGCCUAGUGGCUCGUUACCUUAUCAACAAUGGUCGGGAGCGGUACCAAUCCCCGGUGAGAUGGAUUCGACGACGAACGCAGGUUCACCAGAGUCCAUUUGGUCUGCGUCUGCUUCAAUUGUUGGGGAAUCGUCGACGAUAUUCGACUGGCCGCUGCCGGCACCAGAUUGUACGCCAGCAACCUCAGCUCCUAGUUCUCCUACCCUAGUCGCUUUUUCGCCCCAGAAUUCCUUGUCAGCACCUAUGUCUCCCCAGAUCUCAUGCCUACCCAAAUCGCUAGAGUCUCAGGAGGACUACCUAGAUCUACGCCAGGCCUUUUUACAAAACGGAAUCGUCCUGGGUCAGAGCUCUACACGAGAAAAGUGGCAGGCUUUAUACAUGUGCGAUACAUCCUGCAGUAUCGUGCAUCCUGCGUUGAUCCACGUCGCCCACGUCUUCGGAGCGAGGAUUCUGAAUCGUUGGCGCCCGCACAUGGCGCCCAUUGAUGAAGAACCGCACCUCAACGGUGCUCUUAUGAUGCUUAGCAUGCCUCCAAUGACACGUUCAGACGCCGUCGCUCAUAUUCAGUGCUACUGCCUCUUGGCCGUACACUUUAUGAAGGGACCUGAUCUUGCUACAGGCCGCGAAUGGCUUCUGAGAGCUGACACCAUCGUGCGUCAAUUUGACCUACAUAUCGUUCCUCCUCCAGAAGGAUACCGUCGCGGCUCUGCACGGCAUUAUCUAAGUGAGGACUGCCCGUUCCGGGACUUGGUCGCCGACGGUGAAGAUGACGAACGAAGAGACGCGCUUUGCCAGCUUCUGUACAUCGACAGCGUGUGCGCCUUGCGAAUGCGCCUUCCUACCAUCAUCAGCCCGCAGCUUCGACAGGAAUUCGACGUCCUCAUGCAACACUACAUGACGCAGAUGAAGGAAGCAAGCAUAGUUGUCCUCCGAAUGGCUAGCAUCGCCCUUCUCCAAGAAGCCCGCAUGGUGAUGAACAACGGACUCUCUCUCGGCUCUCCUCCUCUGCCUUCUAACCGCUCCGUGCCGACCCCAUUCGCAAGUACCAUACGCCGAAUACACCUUUACCUCACCGACCUCAACGAGCUCAUUCUGGCCGUUCCGCCCUCCCCGAGCAACCGACCCUGGUACGUGAUGCUGCAACAGUGUACGCUUGUCCCCGGCACGGCCCUCGCGAGCAUCUAUCACCUCCUCGCGUCGAGCCAUCCUGAGUCACAGAGGAAGUGCAUCGACGCGAUUGCCGAGGUUGUUAGCAUCAGCGACGCUCUCUCGCCGGACGACUGCGGGCAGCUGGACCCCAUUGUCUCGGUUUGCUGGUCGAUCACCCUUAAUAUCUCGAUGCAGAUUCAACAGCAGAUCGUCGAGAGGAAUCUGCGGGAGCCAGGUUGCUAUUCUGGGGUACAAAUGGGACAGGUCCCGGCGUUUAUCGAAGCACUGCAAACUUGUGCUCGAAAAGUGAAAUGGCCGUUUCCGUUGACCGGGGGUAUGGCAUUGCAUAUUUAA